AUGUCUUCGGCCGUUCAACCGCCUAAUGGCUCCCCUUUACUACGGCCCCGUGCCGUUCCGGGGACGAAGAAUCUAGACGAUUUGACAGCAAUUUCCCCCUUGGAGAAAGCUGAUUCGAGGCGACUAAUGUCCCAUACUAGUGGUCGCUCAACGCCGGUCCCCGACGAUGCUCCUCCCUCCGUGCAUUCAAUCUCCACGGCAAGAAAGCAAGCCCGAGCCCGGACUCGAAUUUUCUAUACAAUCGAUUAUGUCCCUCGAGUAUCGCACUUUGACCCGCGGAGCGAGUACCGCGACUUCCGCGGCUUCUAUACCCUGUUUUGGAUUGCAUUGUUUAUCAUGGUCGUUACUACGAUGCUUCGGAAUAUCAAGGAUACCGGAUAUCCUCUGAGGAUCAGAGUAUGGAGUCUGUUGUCUGAAAAUGUGUGGUCCAUGGGCUUCAGCGACGUGGCCAUGGUGGUCAGUAGUGCAGUGGUCCUGCCGCUUCACCAUCUCAUACGAAACAGCGGUAGCUUGUUGCGCUGGGGAAGAGGUGGCAUGGUCGUGCAAAGCAUUUUCGAGGCCGGCUGGGCCAUUCUAUGGAUCAAUUGGCCAUUUAUGAUGCGCUGGACCUGGACGGCCCAGGUCUUCUUCACCCUCCAUACUCUAACCAUUCUGAUGAAGGUGCACUCCUACGCGUUCUACAACGGCCAUCUGAGCGAGACGCAACGUCGACUAGCCUCGCUCGACAAGCCAGGGAAAGUCUCAAUGGAAGCGCCAAUCCCAUACCCGGAUGCAUCCCCCCGUCGACGCUCGGUAGUUAGGCGUGCGAGCCACCAUGCACGCUCCGAGUCAAUCGCUGAACUGCGCGAGGACCUGGCCACAGAGCUCACCUCUCCAUUGGGGAAUGUCACCUAUCCUCAGAAUCUUACCGUUGUCAAUUAUGUCGACUUCAUUUUCUGCCCCACUCUCUGCUACGAGCUGGAAUAUCCUCGAAGCAAGGAAAGACGGUGGAUCGAAAUUGGCUUGAAGACUUUGGCUAUCUUUGGAUGCAUUUUCUUAUUGACAUUAACAAGCGAAGAGUUUAUCCUCCCUGUCCUGACAGAGGCCAACAUUCAAUUGCACAGGGUGUCAAGCGCGGCCGACAAAGCCCUGAUCCUUGCAGAGACCAUCAGCAUGCUACUGUUCCCGUUCAUGGUCACGUUUCUUCUUGUGUUCUUGGUGAUAUUCGAAUACGUUUUGGGCGCUUUCGCGGAACUAACGUGUUUCGCUGAUCGUCACUUUUACUCGGACUGGUGGAAUUCCUGCGACUGGCUCGAGUUCUCCCGUGAAUGGAACAUUCCCGUUCACCACUUCCUCCGCCGCCACGUAUACUUCCCCUCGCUAUCGAACUUCUCCAAACCGGUCGCCAUGUUCAUCACUUUCCUCGUCAGCGCUAUUGCCCACGAGUUGGUCAUGAGCUGCAUCACCAAGAAGCUCCGCGGCUACGGAUUCCUAGCGAUGAUGCUCCAGCUACCCAUCGUUGCAGUACAGAAGUCCAAAUACGUCCGAGGAAAGACAACACUCAACGUAUUUAUUCCCUCCCACUAUGACUUCUCAGAAGCAGGUACUGACUCUUAUUCCACAGAACCUCUUCUUCUGGUUAUCUAUGAUUUUCGGACUAUCACUACCAAGGGGAAUAAUCAUCCUGACCUAUCACAGAUGUGUGCGCUUUACGUCCUCGUCUAG